GCGAGAUUCCAAAUAGUAGGGCAAAGAAAAUGGAAUCCCAUGCUAGCAUGGUAGCUGAACGAAUCUAACAACUACUGGAAAACAGUAUCAUAUACUUCAAGGACUGCUGGCUACUGAUGUCAGCAUGGACUCAAUAGAAAAGACCAAUGCAGUUAGAGACGAUGGUAACUCAGGUACAACAGAUGAACAGAGCCAAUCAGGUGGGGUGGACUCCGGUGCCAGGCCGUCCUUGUCGCAGGUUAAAAAGUCCUGGGGCUUCAGAAGGACAACCAUUGCUAAACGGGAGUUUAUGGAGGAGGUUGGAGACCUGACCAACAAUCCCCCGCCGCUUCGAAGGGGCAGAAGCCGAAGAACCAACCAGGCGCCAGAGAUGAACACAGAAGAAGACACCAAGCAGAAAACUACUCGAUCAGCUAGGAGUGUGAUAGAAGACCUGCAGUGGUCUGCCCCUUCUUCCCCUGCGUCAGAGGACAGCAAGGGUCCACCAGAGACCUCUGCUGGAGGGAGCUUUGAUCCCAACUUAUGGCAGGACUUUGGAUCUGCUUUCCACACAGCGUUCUCCCUGCUUGGUGGCAACGAAGGCCUGUCGUUGACAGAUGCCCUGGCAGUUCCUAGUUUCUUUGAGCCUGCUAAUGAAAUUGAGCCCACUGAUCCACAGCCUGUAGAAGAAAACGAGACCCCUGAUAACCCGGAUGACAUGGAGGUCACACAGCCUGUUGCUCCUGCCAAUGUCGGAGAAAGAGAGAGCAAUUAUGUUGUUGUGAUCUCCAGUCAGGAAGAGGACAGUGAUGAAAAGACUCUGAUGCAAAUUAAAGAGCAGCUGGCCAGAAGCAGCAGACAGGGAGACUCAAAAGGUGGGAACGGUGGAAGAGGAAGAGCCAGGGGCAGAGGGAGAGGCAGGGGAAGAGGCAGAGGAAGGGGGAAAGGUAAGGGAAGAGGCCGAGGCAGGGCAGCGGUGCUUCAGUCCAUCGUUGCAGUCAACGAAGACACAGACGAUGAAGUGGUGCUUGUUAACGCAGAUGAGCAGCAGGAUUUACCCAAAGAUCACAUCCAGAAUAACCCACAGAUCCCUCCUGAGAUGGAAUCAACAUCUGCACACUUUGGUAUAACUCUGAAUGCUGCGCUGCAGUCUGUCAGCACAGGCUGUGUAAUCCUAGAUGGCGAUUUUAACCAAAGUGGCGCUGUAACUCAUGGCCAGUUUGAUGAUGCACCAGAUGAGGUGGAAGGAGAGGAAGACAAGAGUCAGGGGGAGAUUAUAGCAGAGAUUCCCAGCAAAACAGGGAGUGAGGGACAGGACUCCAACGCCAUGUGCUUCGUCUGCAGCCAAACGCACAUUAAGAGGUUCAUGAUCUGCUGUAGCAGCUGCCAGGAGUGGUUUCAUAGCGCAUGUGUCGGUAUCAGUGAAACGCGGGAUGGGAAGAUAGAGGAGAGAGACCAAGACUACAUGUGUUUAACCUGCACUACAACGAGGCAGAGCAUCAUCCAUCUAGAGUCGCAUCUUGAGCCAGACCUUAGCUUUCCUGAAUGUCUGACGCUGAGUCCUCCUGCUGUGGAAACGGAGCCACAAGAGGAGCAGCAGCAAGUUGUCAAGGAGGCUGAUUUAGUAGAGGAAAAGGAGGAAGAAGAGAGGGAGGCUCUUGUGAUAAAGCCUCAAGUUGAAGCUGAACCUGAGGGGGAAACAAAAGCUGAGGUGGAAACAGAAGUUGAAGCUGAGGUGGAAACAAAAGCUGAAGCGGAAGCUGAGGUGGAAACAAAAGCUGAAGCAGAAGCUGACCCUCAGUGUGAGAUGGAGGCAGAUGAUUCGUUCCCUCUCUGCACUGGGCCUGGCUGCGCAAAACCAGCGCUGCCGGACUCCGUUUACUGUGGCACCGACUGCAUCCUUCAGCAUGCUGCUAUCACCAUGAAGACUCUUUCCAGCCCUAAGGUGCCUAAAUCCAAAGGACGACCUCAGAGAAAAUCUGCUGCAAAGGCUGAAAACUCUUGUCGAACAUCUAAGAGGUUGGCAAGAAAAGCUGUGGAAGAUGCUGAAGUGGAGGCGGAGGAAGAUCAGGCAGAGCGGGAGGAGCCGUCCGCUUCUCCUAAAACCUGUGACCCCAAUCUCACAGAUGUUCAGUCCACUUCCAUACCGUCAUCUAACAUAAACACGUCAGCUGAUGAGACCAGUGACAAGCCUGAGCCCAACACUGAGGCCAUAUCAUUGAAACAAUGUCAAGAGGGGCCCACAGCAGACGCUCCUCUACUCCCCCAGCCUGUUGCCGAGGAACCCCCAUUACAGAAUCCGUCUCAGGAAAAGGAACCUGAAAGUACUGAUGUGUCCGAUCAGCAAAAAGCUGCAGAAGGUGUCUCACCAUCACCAACAUCUGAGAAAUCUGAUCAACCUGCUGCCACACAAGCUCCGCCCAUUUCAACUGUUCAACAUCUAGAGAUGGGCGCCCUGAUCGUCAAAAAGACGACGUAUGUUAUACCAAAGAAACAGCCUGUACCUCAGUCUUCAUGCAGCCAGCCGGCCCAGAAAGCGUCUGCAGUCCCCGCUCUGCUGAGCGAAACUCGAAAUCUGCUGGUGCCUCCAGCACCCAGCGCUCCGUCCUCCAGACCCUCUCAGCCCAAUAACCAGGUCCGACAGAGCAUCCAGCGCUCCCUUACCGCCAUCUUGUUUAAGAGGGUAAGUGACUGUGAAGAUCUGGAGAUGCCUGAGAGCGAAGUUGUAAAACUUGUUGCUGGCAUUGAGAAGGAAAUGUUUGACAUAUUCCGCAAUACAGACAGCAAAUACAUGAACAAGUAUAGAACUAUAAUGUUCAACCUAAAAGAUCCAAAAAAUAAGGGCUUGUUGUAUCGGGUUGUAAAUGGAGAAAUAAGCCCUUUCAGACUGGUCAGAAUGACCCAAAAGGACAUGCAGGCUACUAAAGCCCCUGAGCCAACUACUAAGGAAACAACUCAGGUUAAAGUUGAAGUUGCUAAGGGGACAAAUAUCCCGAAGCCUGAAGCAGUGAAGAUCGAUCUGCCCAGUUUGAAUCCUCCUAGACCUGAAAGAAAGCCUGAGAGCACGGAACAGAAGAAAGUUCUUCCUCCUCAAGUUUCCAAAUCUAGAGUUAUGCAACCAAGCAAGAACAAAAAGAUGCCAGAUAUACUUUCAUGCAUGCUUAAGGAUACAACAUCAGAACACAAGGCUCACCUCUUUGACUUGAAAUGCAAAAUAUGCACAGGCCAGAUGCAAGCUAUUGAAGGUGAAGAACCUGCUAAGAAAAAGGCAAAGGUCUCUACAUUAAGAGACAAGACUGAUAAGAUAUCUUGGAAGAAGCCUAGGGGAGAUGAGUCUCCUCUGUUGGCACCACCUGACACACCUGAAAUGGAGUCUCCUACAUCUUCACUGAUGGAACCAUCGUCCCAAAUUGACAUUGAUUCUCCAAAAUUGACAAUUGUUGAAUCUCCUGCUUCCUCAACGAUAGAUUCUCCUGCCUCCCCAGCAUUAGAGUCUCCGGCUUCCCCCAUCAUGGAGUCUCCUGCUUCUCCAACUCCAGAGGGAUCCACAGUGCCUGCACUAAAGAGAUCAUAUACACCAGUUGUGAUUCCCACUGUCUCCACUGUAACCAUUACAAGACGUGACCCCCGAACUGCAGCAAACAGGUUUGCUACUUCCUCAGGUGGCAACUCUGGCCUUAGUAACAUUGUUUCCAAACAAGCAGCUCCAUACGCUGCUAUAAAAGGUAGCCUGGCACCAAGCUCAGCACCACCACCCUCAGUACCACCACCAAAAGCAUUACCCAAAUCAAUCUUAAUGAAGCCAUCCUCCUCUUCUGACCCAAGACUUAGUGGUGCAUCCUCCAGAGCCACAGUCGCUAAGACCCCAGCAGAUGGUGAUACUACACCGUUCCUAGCUAAGCAGGGCAUUCUGUGGAAAGGCUUUGUAAACAUGCUCACGGUGGCCAAGUUUGUGACGAAGGGAUAUCUGGUUUCAGGACCGGCUGAAAAUAUUAAAGCGGAUUUGCCUGAUACCAUACAAAUCGGGGGGAGAAUCUUACCUGAGACUGUGUGGGAUUAUGUUGUAAAACUGAAGACCUCGGUUACAAAGGAGUUGUGUGUGAUCCGGUUUCACCCUGCAACAGAGGAGGAAGAGGUAGCCUACGUGUCGCUGUUUUCCUACUUCAGCAGCAGAGGCCGUUUUGGUGUCGUUGCCAACAUAAGCCGUUCCAUCAAAGAUGUAUAUCUUGUCCCUCUUGGCGCAAAUGAGUCGAUCCCAUCCAUACUACAACCUUUUGAAGGUCCAGGCCUUGAAAAGAACAGACCCAAUCUUCUUUUGGGUCUAGCAAUUGUCCAGAAGUUAAAGCGUCCAGGAAGCUUGCCUCAGGAAAUUGAAGAGAAAAAACCCAAAGUUAACAUGUCCAAAGACCCUAUGUGGAUUCCAAAACCACCAGUUCUCUAUGGUUCUGACAAGUUGGACAUGUUCAAACCAUAUGAUCCAGAGACUCCUGCUACUUCCUCCCCUCCUGGUUCGCCAUCGGAUUCUUCCUCUUCUGGCUCAAUUACCAUACCUUCCCUUUUAAGUUCCAUUAAAGCAACUCCUUCAGUCUCAUCCAUUGCUGCCACUGAGUCCACAUCUGUUAGCAACUCAGUCAAGAAUGUUCCACCAUCAUCCAGCAAUAAUAACCCAUUACAGACUAUUUUGAAGACAUUGUUUGGGGGAAAGGAGUCAGACCCAACAACCUCCUCUGACGGGAGUUCCCCCAAAGCAACAGAAAGUUCCAAGAAGAAACCAGUGUUCCCUAAAGUGUCUGGACCUAUGGUUGAUCCAAUAGUCCAGCAGUAUGGACAGAAAUCAAAAGUCAAACGGGUAGAACAAGAAGAAGAAAAGGAAGAUGACUUUGACAGACCCUAUGACCCUGAAGAGGAAUAUGAUCCUGCAAAGGGAUACAAAAUUUUUACUCCACAAAUCACAGACAGUAACAAGACUGAUGACUCUACAUUAUCAGGCUUGGUGGAAGACGAUGUGGCCUAUGAUCCAGAAGAUGAAACUAUCUUUGAAGUAUUUCAAAGUGAUGCUCUCGUAACAAAGCUCCCCAUUCCAACCCAAAAUGCAGAGGCACCAACAUUACCAACACCAGUUUCUGAUUCCACUCCAACUACACUUAAAUCUAACCCAACUUCUGUAGUGUCGACUUUUCAUACAGGCGCUGUAGUUGUCUCAGCUGCAACACUGAGUGAACAGCAGCGGAUGCUUGAGGAACUAAAUAAGCAAAUUGAAGAGCAAAAGCGACAGCUAAAAGAGCAGGAAGAGGUGCUGCGUAAACAGAGAGAAGCUGUGGGUAUGUUUAUGGCUCACUUUUCUGUUUCUGAUACAUUGAUGUCUCCUCCCACAAAAUCUUUCCCACUUGGUCAGCUGUCAGCUGUGCAGAGUGCUGUAAUACCAACAGGUUCAAAGCCUGCAGAUAAAUCUGACAAUGUCAACAACAAUACAGUGAUGGAGGAUAAUUCUGCUGUAAAGUCAGAAACUGUUAAGCUAGAACAUACAAAUGUCAGUGAUAAUUUAAAAGAUACUACAAAUACACUGACAGAACAAAUGGGAAUGAAAGAAAAUGCAAAGGAAUGUGAGAAAUAUUCAUCUGCUGGAGAGAUUGAAGACUCUGAUGUAGCUUAUGACCCUGAAGAUGAGUCACUUUUUGAUGAAAUCCAAGAUGAUGUAUUUAAGGGAGGGAGUACAAAGACUAAUGAUGGUUCACCAAGGACUGGGGAUAGUGUUGGGAAUAAAGGCGAUUCUCCAAAUUCACACCACAGCAGAAGGCGAAGGUUGUCACCUAAAAAACGGAGUCGUCGAGAAAGGGACCGCAGAAGCCCUUCAAGAAAGUCACGGAGGCGUUCUCGGUCACAUUCUAGGAGACAUAGAGACAAGGAUCGACACCGAAGUGAAAGAGAGAGGUCAAGGCACAGAACCAGAGAUCCAUCUGAUUAUCCAGGACACCAUCGAAAAGACCAUGCUGCUGGCAGACAUUCUCACGGGCUGAGAAGGUCCUCAUCUUCACCAAGAAGAAAACAGUCUGCCUCUCUUUCACCAAAACGCCACAGGGGAGCUCCUUUACAAGUCAUUGAUAAAACAAAGCACAGAAGUGGUCCAUGCAAUCUUUCUGAGACCGUAAAGACAUCAAUAGAAUCAACACCAUCAGUUGUUGGAAUUAAAAAUGAGCCAUGUGAACUUAAGCUUGAGUGUAAUCUUGUUGAGAACCCUGUUAAACACUCGGUUGCACUUAUUCAAAAUGUGAAGACUGAGAUUUUAGAACCGUCAAUCAGUCAAUGCGAUAAUCAAAUUAACAGUUCUCCUAGUCAAGAAAACAAACCGUCUCUGCAGGAAACAUGGUUUCAAGACAAAAUUGAAAGCAAAAUUCCUCUGAGAGAAAUUGAUCCACCUCUUCGAGAUUCUCCUGAAAGUCCAGAUCCAGAACCACAGUUUUCAAAACCUUUCAGCACUGAAGGUGACUGUGCUAGAACUGCAGAUUCUGAGGAACAAAACAGUGCUUCAGCACCAUUUCUUAAGGAUGAAAAUGACUCUGUGGCAGUUAGUCGUCAAACAACCUCCAGUCUUCAAAAAGGACCACACAUCCAGGACUCAGGACCAGAAAGGGAUGCUAUUUUACACAGUGUUCUACCUGGUCCAAGUUUUCAAAGUACUGGAAAUCCAACAGCAAAUAUAAAAGAUUCUGAACACAGUAGGACCCAAACAGAUCUAGUGGACAAGAAAAUUGGGUUUACAGGGCCUGAUAGAAAAGGGCUUGACAUGCAGCAUAUAAUGAGAAAUGCUUUGGGACCUACUCCAAGCACUCAGAACACUCCUGCAGAUGGUUCAGAGAGACGUGUAAUGCAACAAGCAACAUGCCUUCAGGGCUCAAUGUUAAAUUUGAUAAAAAAUCAUAACCCCAAUGUAACUGAUUCACAGAUUAUCCCAAGAGUUUCAGAAAUAACAGAUAAAAUGCAAGGGACAGAAAGUUCUUCUUUCCAAGUCAUUAACCAACGCGUAACUCGUCCAUGCUCUGGUGUGAUGCAAAAUGUUGUGCAAAGUGCAUCAAAUUCUGAAAUUCCAGUAUUAAGAACACAAAUUGAGACCCAAAAUCAAUUUGUUAGAAGCCAGUUGUCAGAUAGACCUCUGCCUGUGUCAAAAGAUUGUAUCUCAGCUGUUCAACAUCGUAACCCAAAUAUUAAUGACCAAAAUGUCGGCUAUUACAGAGAACCUUUGCCUUUUUUGAAAACAGAUGAGUUAAGAUCACAGCCAAAGAAGUCAGACAGCAAGUCAGACAUUAUGAAAAUAGACACAUCAUUUGGGGGUCCACAGUUUGAAGGAAGGAUUUCACAUCCUGGGACUUUGGCUUCUCAUAUUAGAAUGGUUAAUAAAACAGGUCACAACCCAACUUUUUUUGGAUUCAGAGGAGAUCAGACACAUUCAAAACAUGCUGAAAGUAUUUCCGUUGGUGAAAGAGGACUUGGGAAAAGGGAAUCUCAACCCAUUAAAGGAGAUCCAGACUGCAGUGAUGGUCUAGAAUGUGGAGACAAGCCAGAUGUUUCAAAUCCAGACUGGAGAGGUCCAGGGUCAUUUCAGAUAAAUCAAAAUAAGGGCCUUUGUCCACCUGAAAGACCUUUAUGUUCAAAUCCCCCACAGUCAGACAGUGGAGAAGCUCAAAAAGGAUUAAAUAGGGAGUUAACACAUCUGGUCAGAACAGGAACAUUUACACAAAAUGAUUGGAGUACCCAUCAGUUUGGUGAAAGAGUGAAAAAUUUGGAGAGUCAGGGACCUUGCAAAAUAGGCAUUCAAAACUUUCAGUAUGGACAAAGAAAUAAAGAACAAAGUCCAGACCGACAAACUUUCAUGCAUGAUUUUAGGGGACCAAGAGGGACAGAUUUUGUAGGACCUAGAACUGAAAUAAGAAAUCCUGAGUUGCACUUCACAAGGAAUGACACUAGUCAACCUGUGUGUUCAGAUAUGAUGGGGAAAUGGUCAGAAAAUAAAGGCCCUGACAUUGAAGCCUCAAUGCAUGGCAGGAGAGAACCAGUGGGUCCAGAUUUUAAGAUACAGGAACCCGAAUGGAUAGGUCCUAAGAAUGAGAACCCUUUGCAUGACAGUAGAGGACCAGGGCGUCCAGAUCUCGUGGGACAAAGACUUGAACAAAGAAACUGGCCUGAAAGGAGAGGACCAGAUGCCCCUGGUCCAGGGAUUGAUCAAAGGGGUCCAAAUAAGGAGGGUCCUGGGAAUGAAUGGAGAGGAAGAGGAGGUCCAAAUUUCAGAGGAGGGCCUGAAACAAGAGGCUUGUCAAUGGAGCAACACAGGUCCGAAAAUCGAGAAUUUAGAGGUUACAAUAAAGGAAGUCUUCCUAUUGAAAAUACUGGUCCCCCAGGUAGAGGAGGUAGAGGUCCAGUUUUCCGAGGGCCAGGUCCCAAAGGCAGAUACUUAACUGCGCAAAGACCUGGGCCAGACAAAAUAUCUGAACAUCCAAAUUUUAUUGAGCAAGGGUUUGAUAAUACAAAUGCCAUCCUGGGUGGCCCAAAAAUCGACAGGAGAAUGACUGGAGGUCCAGAUUUCAGUAGGCCUGUAAAUGAAAUGAGGAGUCCUGCUAUGGAUAACCAAAAUUCUGACAGGAGAGGAUCACAAGAACCAGAAAACUGGGGACCAGGAUCUGAAAGAAAAGGAACAUAUUUGGGGCGUGCUGGGCCUGAUAGCACAGAACAAGGACAAGCAAGAAUUCUCCCGGGUUUAGAAGGUCCUAAGCCUGUACAGGGAGGACCACACUUCAGGGGAAAUGUAACAGACGUUGCAUGUCUAAAUUUGGAAGGCUCAGAACACAGGGGGAGAAGUCCAAAUCUCAGAGGUUCUAAUUCAGAUAUGGUGGGUUCAGAAUUAAAUAGAACAGGACCAGGGGUUCCAAGAACUGGGAGAAUAGGUCCUCCAGUUGAAUGUCCCGAAGGCCCAAACAUUAGAGACCCGUGGCCAGAAAGAGUGGCUCCAAAUGUGAAACAAGCAAACAGAAGCCCUCCAAGAGACUCACAAUUCAGGUGUCCAGAGCAAGGAAGAACAAUUUCAAAUAUGGAGGUUCUGCAGCCUAAUAGAAACGUGGUGCACCCUGAAGAAGUGGAACAUAACAGAAAUGUGGGAGGUCCUGGGACUCCAAGGAUAGGACCAAGAUUUUGUAGGAGACCAGAUUAUGAGGGCCCAGUCCCUGACAAACAAAAUCCAGGGGGCCCAAGCUUUAGAGAACCCAUGCCUGUAAGACCACGUCCAAGCAUGGAUGGCCGAAGACCUGACUGGAGAGAAUCAAGUGAUUGUAGAGGUCGAGGUGCCAGGGAGGAAAGGGCAAAUACAGAGGAUCUUGGAUAUGACAGACAAAAUGACUGGGGGGAUGCUGAACCUGUUCAAGAAUUUCCUGAUUUUGAGGUCUUAGAAUCUGAUAGGAGAGGUCGAAAUUUUAGACCCUCAAGGGUAAUGAGAAGAAGCAUCAGAAGACCGGGACCAAAUGCCCGUGGCUUUGCACCAAGUCGGAGGGGUGGUGCCUUUGAGGGGAAAUGGUUAGACAGAAGAGGGCCAAGAUUUGAAGAGCUGGAGGGAGGUGAAUCUUCUGGAGAUAUUUGGGAUAACAGUAGCGACAGAAAUUUAGAGACUUUCCGAGAUCAUCCUGAUGAACCGGGUGAAGGCCUUAAUUUCCAUGAUAAUCAUAGUGAAUGGACACAGGAUGGAGAAAAUGUGCAGUUUUCUGUUUCUGGAGAUGACUGGGAUGGGCCUGGUUUUAGGCAUCCAGAGCCUGUUCAUGACAACCCAGACAUGGAUUGUCCUGGCCCUAAUAGAGAAAGAGAAGAACAUGAAUGGACUGAGCCUGAUAGAGAAGAUUCUGGGACAUUUUUCAGAAGGAGAGGGGGUCCAUGCAAUAGAAGACAAAGCUGGGGUGGAGUCCGAAGUAGAGGACGAGGUUCGGUUCAGCAAAGACAUGCAAACAUGGAUGAUGAUAGGAGACAUCAUGACUUUGAGGGGGAUAUGAGAGGCCAUGAUCGUGGGACGCCCUGGCCUCAAAGGGGAGCCAAACAUCCAAACAGGAGACCAUUUGAGAUGGAGGCUCCAGGAGGUCCAGAUUUAAGAUACCCAGAAACAUCCUACAGAAAUUUCAAUGAUGAAGGUCCCGAGUCAGAUAGGAGAGUUUCAGAUUUUGGGGAAUCCUGCUCGGAAAGGCAUAGUACAGACAUGGAUGCAGGAGCAGACCCUGAAGGAUUUGAGCAUAACUUUAGGAGAGUAAGAAGGGGUCCAAUAAUGAGACAAGGGCCUAGCAGCGCAGAAUGUAGGGGAGUGUCACCCAAUAAUUCAGAUUUUAGACCUGGUAGAUGGGAUUCAAACUCAGAGUUUCCAGAAUAUGAUAGAAGAGAUGUAGAUAGGAGGGAAAGGGAACAAAGACAUCCAGGUCAAACAACUAGCAGGGGGAGAAGAGGUCCUCAUCAAGGCAACCAUGGCCCUCAUGAAGGACCUCCAGCACCAUUUAAUAGGCCUUUAGGUCCCGGUCCAAAGAGAGAAGAACAUUCAUUCCAUGACAUUGACAGCCCACAAAAUCAACAAGCUGUGCAACCUCAAAGACACAGAGGUGCCUUACUUCCCACUCCUUCUGAUGGUCCAUUACCAGUUUCAGAUCCUGUGAUGAAUAGUCAUGAUGCCUCCUCUAUGAAAACACCACAGUUUGGCUCCCCAUUCAAUAGGAACAGGGGAACAAGUAGAGGCAGAGCAAUGGAUAAUUGGUUCAGAGGACGUGCAAGAGGGCCAGGACGAGGAGCUCCUGCUCGUUAACAAAAUGUAGGGUAUGAAGAUGGAAUGUCGUUAAAUUACUAAAACAGAGGUUUAGCACGGCAAAGUUUCAAUAAAAAAU